CAUUUAAUUACAAGGGCUUCGAGUGCCACAAUAUGUUCUUCAGCCUUGCUUGGCUGGUUUUCCUCAUUGAUGUCCCCAAUUCCCUCGGAUUCUUUGAUGUGGGUCAGGUCAAAUAUAUUGGGCUUCAGAAUGUUUGGCACACUGGACUCAAUCACAAGGCUCGGGAAUUGCGAGCAUUUGUUACGGAUCCUGAUCGAGCUCGAGAGUUCUGUGCAAACUAUUGUACUUUGGAUACAUCGUGCGACGCCUUUUAUCUGAUGGAUAAGCCCAAUGGGAAUUGUCAUCUAGUGGAUGAAGAUUCGACGCCCAACAUCCAAAGAACCCUAGGCCAUGAAUGGAGGACAGGCAAAAUGUAUUAUGUAAAGCAAGUGGUCCAACCCAAUGUUGAAGAGAUACCCACCCCAGACACUCUAUCUGGUCCUUGUGACACGGAUAACUUUACUUUGGAUGCCAACGCGUGCUCUUCGUUUCCCAAACAAGGCCUCACGUUCUACUCGUGUUCGUUUUCGCUUUCCACUUAUGAAGACACGGUCUCGCGUGUUUCGGAUGCUCAAUGCCCUGGAGAAAAUCGAUUGCUUCUCUGCGAGCUCUUCGGACGCGAUGUGGUGUCCAAUGUGGAAGGCGAUCGACGAGAAAUAUUUCAACCUCUUUUUGCUAAAACUCAUCAUAACGUCAAAGGUUUGAUGGUGCCUGGGUUCCAAUACAUGAUCAUGCAAUUCCAUGACGCUCCUCGGAAAAUAUCCCGUGUCAUCAUUAGAACGAUUGACUAUGAGGUCGAACGUUUGAAGAAAAUAUCCUUGGUGGUUCACGCAGAAAUUCAAAGAGCCACCAUUCCGAUUGACCUGGACAACCAACCGCUAAAUAAUGUAUGCGCUGUUUUGAUCCAACUGGAUUAUACAGACACGCCCAUUGCCAAGAAAGCAGAUAAGUUGGAACUCACCGGGGCGUCUUGGCAUGGUUAUGAUACACAAGGGUUCAAAUUGGAUGUGUUUACUAUGAAGCCGGACAUGAUCAUAACUUCCACCUCCGAGACCUCGACUAGUACAUCGACCCAAUCGAGCACUUCAACCACAACCAUUACCACGACCAGAACAACGACCAACAUUGUAACCACCACUUUGACACCAACAACCACUGCUGCAGACUCCACCACAACCUGCACUUGCAAUUGCGCAUGUGGGGAUGACACAACUCAGCCAAUGGGAACACCGUUGGUCUGCCCAACCAUGGCCAAUGGUAAGUGAUACCGUGGCCAUAUAAUUAGGGUCAGGAGCAACAAACACGACAGUUAGCUCGACAGGCACCAGUUUUUCAACUAUGGAGGGACAACUUUUGACAACUAUAACUAGGAUACAAACCACAUAUCGACCGACAAAGCAGUUGUCAACUACGGCACUUGCAACUACGACU